AUGAGUGACGAUAGCAGCAACGAUGACGAUUUCUGGGACAAGAUCACUGCGACGAUGGGAUUAGAGGAGGAAAGCAAAGAUAAAAUGCCGUUACCGCUCUUUAUGAUCAUCCUGGCAGUAGUCGCUACUUGUUGCUGUGGGACAGUCUUUUAUCUGUCACUUCGACACGAACGAGAAAAGGAACAGAAGAGGAUUGAUCGCAAAGUGAAUCGAGGCAAAAUGUUGACCAAAUGCCUCCAACCGCGCAAAUGGGAUUCGGACGCCAGUACCUACGCGGACACGGAGUCGGCGUCGGACAUGGCCACUCUGGACGACGAUCCACACCCCAUCAGUUCUCGUUCGCUCAACAACAGCCACCAACAUAAUGUGGUCUUUGUCAUGAACAAUCAUAAGGGCAAGGGAUUCGAUCAGUGUCAAAUUUGUGAACAGCCGUAUUCUCAACAAUGCACCAUCUUGCAGUCCAACAAUCACAACUGUGGUCACAUCUUUCACAAGGAAUGCAUGGAAAAGUGGCUCAACUACGAACACCUAUGUCCCAUCUGCCUCAAUGUCUUUGCCUUGCAAGAUCCGACCUUGAAGCAAAAUAGAUUCUCUUCCAACCAGAGUGGCAAAACACCCGUGUCGUCUGCUCCUCGAAGGAAUAUUACUACUAGUAGCACGUCACACCAAGCAGUGGUGCAGCACAAUAUCACUCCGGCGCCACCCAUGCCAUCCCUUGUGGAACUACCGGACGAUGCCUUUUCAACAAUUGAUGUCUAG